AUGGCACCUGUCUAUCAUGGUCAUUUCUCUUUCAACGUGGACACGUUCUAUGUCACUACAUCUGGUGGUCACAUUCAUCCACGUGCUUCUCGCUCAGAACUGGAUGCUAUCUUUAGCACAAUUAUCCGAGACCGAAACAGCAACCCCGACCACUUGGGUCAUUGGUAUGAAGCGCAGGUUCUCCACUAUGGACUAACACCGACGAAAAGCAAAGCGACAGCCAAGGUCAGAUUGCUGGAGGCACUACAGGAGGGUCAUCUAGAUGUGCCAGAAGGAAUACGCAAGAUCGAAAAGGAUCUGAGGAAUGAAUGGACCAAACAUGACUUGGAGACUCGUUUUCGGGGUUCCGCAAUCCAACUUUCACUCUCUAGCACUUUGAACACUACGAUGACUGUGCCAGUUGAUCGUGGCAUCCCGAAGAGAUCAUUGGAUGAUGGUCAGGAAACUGUCUUUUGCUCUGCCGUUGUUGACGGGCCCAGUGUUUUGGCCAGCGUGCAACCCCAACGAACCAACAUACCCCCGUCCUCUGCUCAGAACAAGAAAAGGAGACUCAACACAGAAGGAUCGAGGCUUCGUUUGGUCAAUACUGCCAGAAGUUAUGCGGAAGGUAGUGGUACCAACGUGCAAGUUCCUCUCGGUGCGAACUUACGCAGUGCCAACCCACACAGUGGCGCUCUACCCAGAGUUAUCUCCACAUCCAUGGUCGAUGAACAUCAGCGGCCAGCUCCAAACAGAAUCUUCCAUCACGCCCAACGACACACUGUGGCUUCCUCGUUUCAGGCCACCUCUUAUCCCAGGGACCCACAGCUACCUUCCGGACCUUUGAUCCCCCCAGUUGCCGACCCUCUGGAUGACUACCGCAGAUAUGACUACAUGCCGGAUAUAAACUCCAACCAAUGUUCCACUAGUUCCACUAGUCAGCCAACGAAGGGAAGAUUGGGCCUGUUAAAUGGAGAGUACGACAUUUUCUCCGACGACUUUGAAGAUUGGCCAGAGGAGAUACCCCCGGGUGGCUUCAACUUGGCGCUUUGUAUGGAGGGCAACAAGAUCUGGGGAGAAUACGACUUCGGUACGUUUCAUGGAAUAAUAUACAUGACGCAACGUCCCAGAUACGCCUCCAUGGAGAAGCACUCAUUUAAGUGGCGUGGCCAGGAUGGUGAUGGGGUUUCAAGAUUUGCAAGUGCAAACGAAGGCUGGAUCCGCUUUUUGGGCGACGGUGAGAUUGAAGGGGAGAUUAACUGCAGCGGUUGGUUGGAGUUUCGGGGACAGAGAUGUGUUGGACAGGGCACGAGUCGGCCGCGUGAUUUGGAUUGGUUGAAACAGGAAUGGGAUAGGUUG